UUUCGGGAGCAGCCGCUGUCGGAGAAGGAGGUUGGCUGGGAAAGUUGCUCUUUCGCCGCUCCGUGUCGCGCGCCCUCGCCCGCCUCUCUCGGCGUUGCUGCUUUGAGGGGGCCACGCCGCUCGCCCCCCCCCCGGACCUCCGUUUCCCGCCUUCGCUGCCGGAGGCGGGCCGCUUUACCUGUUGCUUCAGCCGCCGCCCCGCGCGCCCCUUUGCCUUCCUUCUCCUCACCUGGCCCCUCCUGCCUUCCCUGGGAGACCCCGGAGCGCGCUCGCCUUUUGCCCUUCCGGUCAAGCCUUUUCGCUCUUUCUCUUCCCUUCUUCCGGCCUGCCUUGUCCCCGAACCUCUCUGCUUCCCGUCCCCAGUCUGUGGACCAGAGACCUUUCCACUUCCUCCCUUGCUUGGGCGCCUUCCGCUGAGCCCCCACAGCCUCCUAGCUUAGGCUUCCUGGACUGUGAAAACCUCCCACUCCCCACCUAGUUCUUUCAUUCAUUUUCUCCUCCUUAUGACCCUUUCUCUGACUCCCCCCCCCCAAUCCUCUGCCCACCUCCACACUCCAACUUCCUGCCCUUGCUCUUCCAAUGCCUCUGCUGCUCCCUUCUAGCUUGCUCUACUUCCUCUGCCAUCACAUUCCUGCCCAGUUGAAGCGUUGAGGGGGAUGGUCUUCUUCCAGAGGCUUCCCUGACUGUUCCCAAUGCUGAGGCCAAAGUGGAUGAGAUCUGGGCCCCCGCCUUGACCAUGGCCUUGGUGAGCUCCGAGGGAGCGGCUGAAGGGACCUCGGGGACCACCGGCCGUACCUCCUGCCCGCUCUGGACCGUGCUCUAUGACUACGAGGCCUCCGGGGAAGAUGAGCUGAGCCUGCGGCGAGGGGAAGUGGUGGAAGUUCUCUCCAAAGAUGCGGCGGUCUCCGGAGAUGACGGCUGGUGGGCUGGCAAAAUCCGUCACCGCCUCGGUAUCUUCCCAGCCAACUAUGUGACCUACCAGCCGGGACGCUACCAACAUCCCCCGCUGGGAUUGCUGGAAAAGUCUGGGCAUGAAGCCCAAGCCCAAGCUAUGGGCGAUGGGCAUCCUGUCAGUGGUGAAGACCAUUUGGGUUCUCUAGCAGAGAUUAACUUCCAGCAUCUGGAACUGCAGGAGAUCAUUGGAGUUGGGGGCUUUGGCAAAGUUUAUAAAGCAAAAUGGAAGGGCCAAGAAGUGGCAGUGAAAGCAGCGCGGCAGGACCCAGAUGAGGACAUCAAGGCCACGGCAGAGAGUGUGAGGCAGGAGGCAAAGUUGUUCUCCAUGCUGAAACAUCCCAACAUUAUUGAGCUUCAUGGUGUAAGUUUGCAGGAGCCCAACCUCUGCCUGGUCAUGGAAUAUGCUAGGGGAGGACCCCUCAACAGAGCUCUGUCAGGGGCCUCUCCCUCCACCAGUGGGAGUCAUUGGGGCCGUCGGAUACCUCCUCAUAUACUGGUCAACUGGGCCGUGCAGAUAGCUCGCGGGAUGCUUUACUUGCAUGAAGAAGCCUUAGUAUCCAUCCUUCACAGAGACCUCAAGUCAAGCAACAGUAAGUACAGUGUUCAAAUAGUUUAAAAACUGAGUGAGACAAGUUACAAAUUCCUUUCCAUUUUUAAAUGUUGCAAUCCCGAACAGCACUGUGAGAAACAUUGUUUUUAAACAAUGUGGUGUUCUAAGUGAAGGCAAUGAAAUAUUUUUUCUGUAAGACCUGGAUUUGGCAAUGUCACAAUGAAGCUCUAACCUCUUGAGUCAAGUUGGAUAAAAGAGUCAAGUCUCAAAAUCAAAAGUUAGACUCGAGGCAUUUGUACUGGGAUUUGAAAUCAGUACUUUUUCUUUUCCUAUUCAGAAUCUGCCUUUCAAUUAUUCUAUGUUACAAGAUAAUCCAGUUCUGUUCCUUUUCUGUUGUCGCAACACCAUUGUAGAUGCACAAGCUGUUCAGUUUUUAGCUGUGUUUGCAUUCUUAGAAAACCUGAGCAGCCUCUUAAAGAAAAAGGGUUUGGGUGACAUUUUUCUUCUGAUAUUUUGGUUUCAGCAUUGUUGAUUAUAAAAACAACAAAAGCAUUUGUUUGCUUGUUUUAGGAGUUAUAUUUAGACUAGGGCUAUUGCUUAUAUACACUACCUGGCUUGUAAAUAUUGAAAAUCUAAAAUAGUAAUGCUGCUCAAAUCUGUGGACUGUUGUUGUUUGGUGCCAUUUUGUUAAAUCUGGGAGGAAGCAAUCUUCACCAAUAGCUUAUUAUUGUUUCCAGGUGCCUGAGGUGUUUAAUGUCAUAAUUUGAAGGGCGGUAAGUGUGCAGAACUGCCGUAAAAAAGUGUUUCACUGUCUUUACCUGUCCUUGUGUACCACGUCAGAUGGGUGGGGUACAAAUAAUAAACUGCUGCUGCUACCAAUUAUUAUUAUUAAUGUGGAUUGUGAGGAUCAGUGUUGCUUGGGGUGUGGGGUUCGUGCCACAUCCUGAAAGCUCAUAAUGAAGGAUCCCAUUGCUUUUCAAGUGGAAAACAGAGGGGGAAUUUCUUAUUCUCAAAAUAUCCUGUUGCAACACGUAGAAUAAGCAAUGGUGGAAUAGUUUGAAAAUUCAAAAUGAGUGAAGAAAGCUUCCAUGUUUUCCUGCUACGACAUGGCCAGUUUACUUUGUUGGACCAGUAUUUUCUAGUCGUUGGCAUUAAAGGAGGUCCCCCCCAGCCCCGUACUCACACUACAGUAGUUACGCUAGUCCCCUUAAGCUUCUGCAAUGCCACCCUAUUGACUUAAUAUAAAGCUGCUGCUUCUUAAGGCACCCACCCGUGUUGGAUAUAUAAGCUAAUCUCCAAAUGGCACCUUAAACCUACGUUAUAGUUGCCACAAUAGAAUAAAUUUAUCGUUAUUAAUUUCAUUUCUAUACCACUUUGUAUUUUAAAGAAAAAAAUCUCAGAGUGGUUUACAACAUAUUAAAACUUCAAAUAAAACAAUCCAGAAUAAAACAAAUUCAAGCUUCAAAUAAAAUAUUUCAGAUCCUUCUCUAAGUGACAUUUCCCCCAUAUUUAUUUACCUACUUAAUUUAUAUAGAUGCCCCAUAGCAGAAGUACUCUAGGAAGUCAGUGUGGUGUAGUGGUUAGAGCAUCAGACUAGGACAUGGGAGAUCAGGAUUCAAAUACCCACUCAGUCAUGAAGCUCACUGGGUGACCUUGGGCCAAUCACAGCCUCUUAACCUACUUCACAGGGUCAUUCUAGGAAUUAACUGGUGGUGGGAGGGUGACCCAAUUUGGAUGUAAAAUGAAGCCAGGCAUCGUGGCUUGAACUUCCCACAUAUGCUGGGAGAGAACUAUCCGCACAUCAUGGUUAACUAUGGUUUACUGUGACAUGUGAACACAACCACUGUUUCACUUGUGUAGCAUAUAAGGGUUGUUUAUUUCUUAUUUGACAUUAUGUGUGCAGGUCAGACGCUUGUGCCUUCUUGCAUUUGUGUGCAGAUGUUUAUGCAUGUACACACACUGCAUAUAAGUGUUCUGUCACUUGUUUGGGAUCUGUGCACCAGCUGCAGUCUGGAAAUUGCUACCAGAAAUGGAAUGGAAAGAAGUCCUCUUAAACCAAAUUCUAUGUGUGCAGCUUAAGCAUGAAUGGACAUCCCUCUGCCAUGGUCCAUAAAUAUGAGGCUGAAAAUCAUUCAAAUGUGAAAUAUGACUAAACGUAAUGAGAUUAUGGGAAAGUUCCAAUAAGGUAGCAGGAGAGGUGGAAAGGCCUCAUUUGACUCCUCCAAGCACCCAAGGAAAAAGCUAGAUAUUUAUUUUCUUGCAAAACUGGUUUUAUCUUUAAAUACUGCCUUAUUUCUGGGGAAGAAAUGAAAAUGCCCCAAAGUUGCAGUUUUAAAUAUAUUACCAUGAAGUAUGUCCUAUAGAUCCUAGUGGGACUUAAGUUCUGGAUAAACAUGCUUAGGGUUGGAUUAGAUAGUGCAGAUGCUGAUGUGCUACAUUCUGUAGUUAUCUCUAGAGUGCAGGGUUGCUCCCAAGCUACACGCUUAACCCCUGAGUCAUAAAUACCCUUCCAUCUGGGCUUUCUUCAGAAUAACCAAAUACCAUAUUAAGACACACUUUUUUCCUCCUAAAAAGUAAGGGGAAGUGUCUGUGCGUCUUAUGGAGCGAAUGUGUGGUUGAUCGCUGGCUCCCUUUCUGGCCCCGCCCCCUUGCCCCGGCCUCCAUUGUUGAAUGUUCUGCAGAUGGAGGCUGUUUGUUUUCCCAGCGACAUGUGACUGGAUGAUUAGAUUAUCUGUCUGGAAACUGUAGAAACAGCUCCCCUUCCUUUCCUAAAGAAGCUGCAGAACUGUGAGUUGAACCCCCUAAAAACAGGAUUUUUUCCCUUUGCAAAGUAAGCUCAACAAUUUUGAGUUGAUCCUCAAAAAAUGGGGCUUUCCCCCUUUCCUCCUCUAAAAACUAGGUGCGUCUUAUGGUCAGGUGCGUCUUGUGGAGUGAAAAAUACGGUAUAUAUCCCAGUUGCAUUCUAGCCUUAGCACAAUGGUCUCACAAUUGCUUUUCAGCAAUAAUAACAUGAUCCACACACAAAUGGGUUAGAAUAGCCUUGCUACAUGCAAGGCAGCUUGGUUGUGAUGCAAUUAAAUUCUUUAGAGAUGUAAACAAAAUCUGGCUAGUUCCCUUCAGGGUAGGAGAAGUGCUGGUUUUUAUACUUCUAGAAAUGGGGAAUUGGCCAUCAUGAGUUUCUCCCUUCCCAAAGGCCUUGCCGAAUGCAACCUGAAACCUGCAUGGCACCUACGGAGCCUUAUUUGCAUGUCUGCUACCUCCUCCCAUGUUCCAUCUUCGGAAGAUUACAGGAUGCAGACUCAUAGCUUUUCACCAGCUAACUUUUAAAAAAUUCUCUCCCUCUCUCUCCUGUCUGCCUCACUUUGUUCAGCCUGAUGAGAAGUUUUGGGGAACCUGAAAGGUUGAAUACAAUUUUCUGACAUACUCUUUGGCCUGAUACAUAUAUUGCCCUUAUAUGGAUUUUGAAACAGUGGCCCGAUCCGUGCCAUACAUUUCAGUAUCUUGUGGUUUUAAACAGUCAUGGAUUCCUCCAAAGAAUCCUCCAGACUUGGAGCAUAUCUGAGGGGGGGUGGAAGCUGCAGGGUGGAGAAUAAGCAUAUAUCCCAUUUGCAGAUGUUGGAGGCAAAUUUGGAUAUCAUCCUUGGAGUACGUCCAGCCAGCAAGCUCCAAUGGUAAAACACAAACACCAAACUGAAAAGAAUUGACAUCUGGAGAAAUGGGUACCUUCACCUUCUGUACCACUAAGCCUUAAUUUCAAAAAACUCAUUUUAAUUCCUUUAUAUAUUUUAAGGAAUUUAUAUUCCAGCUUCCACAAUAACAGCUAUGAUCGGCUGGCCUACAUAAUUUAAGACAAAGUAACAUAAUGUCAUAAAAGAAGCUGGACAACAACAGAGACAAGUUCAUUAGAUUAAAAUACAGUCAGCAUUGAAGGUACCAAAAAGAUAGGAACCCAGAGUCUGUGUCAGGAGUGUUUCCACUUGGUGUCAAGAAGGAAUGGGGAUGCAUAAGGAAUAGCUGCCAAGUUCUCUCCCCAGCCUAACAAGCAGGCUGGUGGCCUUUCAGAGAGGCAAAGUGUGUAAGGGAAUGAGCGAGUGACCCCAUGAUACAGCACAGUGUUGUGCAGCAUAGAUGAGAAGAAAGAUAUAGUGACUAUGACAGGAAAAGAAAGCAACUAAAUAAGGCGGCUAGUGGCAUAUUUAGGAGGUUGCCAGAGACUUGCCAUGCAUACUUGGCCCACCUGCAGCUGCUCAGCAGAGCAAACCCAUUAGCCAUUCCUGCUACUACUUUAAUUAUUAGCUGUUUUGCAUUAAAUAAUAUUGUACUAUAUGGUGGGAUUUUCUUGGGAGGGGAAUCGUAAAACUGUGUAAUGGUUAGAGGUGGCUACAUAUGUUGAGUCAUGAGGUUCUGCAGCAGAGUUGUUCUGCCUACAGUAAUGAAGGUAAGGUGCAGGUCAUUUAUAGGAACAAGCUGCUUCAGUUUGAGCCAGCAAAGCACAGGAAAUGCCCAGGCUAUCCUGAACUUCCUUUUAGUCAGCUUCCUUUAUGUCUCGUGAAACUGAGCAUUCCAUUAUUGUCUCAUCUUAAAGCCAAGUACAUAUGCUGCGAUUAGAUAGCCUUUCCCUUGAGGUUUGAUUAGAAAUUAUGACAAAUGUAAUACCGUAUUUUUCGCACCAUAGGACGCACCGGCCCAUAGGACGCAUCAAGUUUUUUGGGGGGGAAAUAAAGAAAAAAAAUUUUAUUUCCCCCCCCAGGCGCUUGUGGGGCCGGCAGCGGGGAGAAGUGCUCUUCUCCCCGCAGUCCGCCUUCAGACCAGGUCCAGGGACAGCAGGAAGACGCGCUGCGGCUCCCAGCUGUCCCCGGAGCUUGCGGGGCAGGCAGCGGGGAGAAGCGCUCUUCUCCCCGCCACCCGCCUUCAGAUCAGGUCUGGGGACAGCGGGAAGACGCGCUGCGUCUCCCAGCUGUCCCCGGAGCUUGCGGGGCUGGUGGCGGGGUCUCAAACCACUUCGGGAGACAGCGGGAUGGCGACGUUCCGCCUCCCUCUGUCCCCCGACCUUGUGGGGCUGGCGCUGGGGCUCUCCUGAAGCCUGGAGAGCGAGAGGGGUCGGUGCGCACCGACCCCUCGGGCUCUCCAGGCUUCAGUGAAAGCCUGCAUUCACCCCAUAGGACGCACACACAUUUCCCCUUCAUUUUUGGAGGGGAAAAAGUGCGUCCUAUAGGGCGAAAAAUACGGUAAUUUCUCUCCACCCACACCCUGCCUUAUGCACCCAAAGGCUUAUUGAUUGCUAGGCAUUAUACUAGUGCUUCUUUUGCUCUGCGUGGGGAUAGUCGGUGAUGCAAUAGAGGAUGCAUGAGAAAAUAAUAAUGAAGCAAUCCCUUGGGGAUUGUAUUGAUGUCAAAGGUUAAUCACAUCCCUUUCUGCUAGAUCUGGCAGAACCUCUAUGCGUUAAUGACAAGCAAAGUCAAGCAUUUCUUUGUUUUGAUGUUUUGGGGUGACAUUAUUUCUGACAAACUAGACCAUAGUACAGUGGUACCUCAGUUUACAAACUUAAUCCGUUCCAGAAGUCUGUUCUUAAACCAAAACCAUUCUUAAACCAAGGCGUGCUUUCCCUAAUGAGGCCUCCCGCCGCUAGUGCCCUUCCACCAUUCGGAUUCUGUUCUUAGACCGAGGUAAAGUUCUCAAACCAAGACACUAUUUCCGGUUUUGCGGAGUUUGUAAACCAGUUCGUCCUUAAACUGGACUGUUCUUAAACCGAGGUACCACUGUAAAAGUUUCGAUCAUAGAAUACCUUUGUUCUAGUCUAAACAAUAUUUGUAUCGUUCCCUGACCUAUAGAUUUUUGAAAUGGAUUAUUUUCGCUUUCCUUGCUGAAUAACCAGCACUUGUAUUUGGUUUAGUAAACUUUCUAUAGCUGUUCUGCACAUGUAUAAGCACAUUAGAAGUGUUGUCAUAGAUCAAAUUAAAAGAUUACCUGGUCUAUCAUUAUAUCUUCAGCAGCUGCCAGCCAGAUGUCUCAGGAAACUCAAAAUAUGAUGGAGAUUACUCUUCCUUUUUUUUUUUUUGCCCGAACAUAUGGACAUUAGAGGCAUAUUGACAGAGCAUGGAAAUUCCAUUUUAGCAGUCACUGAUGAUAGAAUUGACCUCCAUUCAUAUGCGUGUUUUUAAAAUGCAAUUGGUUCUAGGUCCAUCACAGCAUCCUGUACAAAACUAUACAUGUGUUGUAAAAAUAUGUUUAUUUUUAUUUAUUUAACAGAUUUUUUAAAAUUGAUUUUUAUUCAUUUUCCAAAUAUUUUUAUACAAUCAGCUCGUAUUUAAUCACACAAUCAUCAAUUUUUGACUUCCCUCAGUUUCUCUGCCAAUCUUUCAUUAAAAUUUCUAUUGUUAACGCAUUUCUAACCUUAUUAUUGCCUUUAACCAUUCCUCUUCCUUUCUCCUACUUUCUUUUUUACAAUAUUUCUUAAUUUUUCACAGAGACUCUUCAAAACCAACAAGCGUUGUCUGUACAUCACAUAUGCUUUUCAGAUAUUCUGUAAAUCUCCCCCAGUCCUCAAUAAACUUUUGGUCUUUCUGAUAUCGAAUCUUCCCAGUUAGUUUAUCCAAUUCUGCAUAUUCAGUCAAUUUCAUUCUCCAUUCUUCCACUGUUGGAAUUUCUUCCUGCUUCCAUCUUUGCGCCAGAAGUAUUCUUGCUGCUGUAACCGCGUAUUGGAAAAGUUGACAGUCUUUUCUAUUAAUUUUGUUACCUACCAAUCCUAGUAGGAAGGCCUCUGGUUUUUUAACAAAUGUAUAUCUCAACAUCUUUUUCAAUUCAUUAUAUAUCAUUUCCCAGAAGCCUUUCACCCUUUUGCACUCCCACCACAUAUGAUAGAAAGUUCCUUCUUUUUCUUUACAUUUCCAACACUUGUUACAUGUUUUAUACAUUUUAGCCAAUUUAACUGGCGUUAUGUACCAUCUAUAUACCAUUUUCAUUACAUUUUCCUUCAAUGCGGUACACGCCGUAAAUUUUAAUCUUUCAUUCCAUAAUUUCAUCCAGUCAUCAUAUUGUAUAUUAUAACCAAAAUCUCUGGCCCAAUGUAUCAUUACCGAUUUUACCUCUUCAUCUUUUGUAUGCCAUUCCAGCAACAUUUUAUACAUUUUAGACAAAUUUUUAUACUCAUUAUUCAAUACCUCUGUUUGAAAUUUUGAUUCUUUUCCUUCAUAUCCACAUAUUUUACAGUCUUUUUUAAACAUUUCACUAAUCUGAUAAUAGUGCAACCAAUCAUAAACAAAUUCUUUCACCUCUUCAUAAGUUUUCAUUUUCCAUUUACCCCCCCUCUCUUACUAUCAAUUCUCCAUAGGUUAUCUACCUCCCCCUCAUAUUUAUCUUUUUCACACUCAUCAUUUCCAAUGGUGAAAUCCAAUGGGGGAGUCUUGGUUCCAACAGAUUUUUAUACCUCUCCCACACCUCUAUCAAAGAUCUACAGAAAAUGUGCUUUUCAAAACCUUUAUGAAUUUUUCUCUUUUCAUACCAUAGAUAUGCAUGCCACCCAAAUCUAUUGUCAAAUCCUUCUAAAUCCAACAACUCUCCAUUCUCUAAUCUAAUCCAUUCCUUUAACCAAACGAGGCAUGACGCUUCAUAGUACAGUUUCAAAUCUGGCAGGGCGAAGCCACCUCUUUCUCUCGCAUCUGUCAAUAGCUUAAACUGAAUCCUUGGCUUCUUACCCUGCCAGAUAUAUCUUGAAAUUGUUUUUUGCCAUUCUUUAAAAGUUGAUGCCCCUUUGAUUAUCGGCAGUGAUUGGAAUAGAAAUAACAUCUUUGGCAGCACACUCAUCUUUAUCGUAGAUAUCCUCCCCCAAAAGGAUAAUUUCAAUCUUCCCCACACCUCCAAAUCCCUUUUUAUUCCAUUCCAAACAGGUAUGUAGUUAUUUUGAAACAAAUCAAUAUUCUUGGGGGUUAACCAUAUUCCUAAAUAUUUCACUUUGUUCACCACUUCCAACCCUGUCCUUUGUUGCAUUUCUUCUAUUAAUUCUUGAUCCAUAUUUUUAGCAAUGAUUUUCGUCUUUUUUUUAUUUAAAUAAAAUCCUGCAACCUGACCGAAUUGUUCUAUUUCUUCUAGGAUUUUUUUCACACUUCCCUCUGGCUCUUCUACUGUCAUUACCAAAUCGUCCGCAAAUGCUUUGACUUUAUACUCAUUUUUCCCUACAGACACCCCUUUUAUUUCUUCAUUUUUCCUUAUUGAUUUUAACAGAACCUCCAGCACCAAGAUGAAUAGUAAUGGUGAUAGUGGGCAUCCUUGUCUUGUACCUUUAGUUAUUUUAAUAUCUUCCGUUGUAUAAUUGUUUACUAUCAGCUUCGCUUUUUGUUCUGUAUAUAUUGCCUUUAUUCCAUUAAAAAAUUCCAUGCCUACAUCCAUGUGUUCCAAAUUUUUUAACAUAAAAUUCCAUGAUAUAUUAUCAAAGGCCUUUUCCGCAUCCACAAAGAUUAACAUAGCUUGUUUCUCAUUCCUGGCAUUCAGAUAUUCUAUUAUAUUUAUUAUAUUCCUUAUGUUAUCUUUCAUCUGUCUGCCAGGAAAAAAACCCGCUUGAUCCUUAUGUAUAAAAUCUUGCAAUACUUUUUUCAGUCUCCUUGCUAAUAUACUCGCGAAGAUUUUAUAAUCGGUGUUCAAUAAUGAAAUAGGCCUAUAAUUUUUUACUUGCGUUAAAUCCGAUCCUUGUUUUGGGAUAAAAGUGAUAAAGGCCUCUUUCCAUGUUUCUGGAAUUUCUCUAUUCUUCAAAAUGUUGUUUAUAACUUCUUUCAAUGGUACAAGUAGGGUGCUUCUCAUUUCCUUAUAAUAUCUAGCUGUGAAUCCAUCUGGUCCUGAAGCUUUCCCUUUUUUCAAUUCGCUUAUCGCCUCUUUAAUUUCUUCAAUUUCAAUUGGGGCGUUCAAGUUAUCUUUUUUUCCUGUCGGGAUCUUCUGCACUUCUUUUUCCCUUAGAAAUCUUUCAUCUUUCUAUCUUUCUCAUAUUAUUCUUUUGUUUAUUUUUGUACAAUUGUCUAUAAAAGUCCAAGAAUCCUUUUCUGAUCUCUUUCGGGUUUUCUAUUUCCGUACCUUCAAUGAUGAUUUUAUUUACUGUAUUCUGCUCCUUUCUUUUCUUUAUCUGCCACGCCAGCCAUUUUCCUGAUUUGUUCGCAAAUUCAAAAUUUCUUUGUCUCAUUCUUUUUAUAUUCCCUUCUACUUCUUUAUUUAUUAUCAUUGCAAAUUGUGUUUGUAGAGUCUUUAUAUUCUGUCUUAUCUUUUCAUUAUUUGGUUUUUUAUCAAUUUUUGUUCAUUUUCCGUUAUUUGUCUCCGUAUUUCCUUCUUAUUCUUUUCUCUAUUCUUAUUUUUCAGGGCAUUCUGUUGGAUAAAAAAACCUCUCAUCACAGCUUUGCUGGCGUCCCAAACCAUACUCAUUUUUGUUCCCUUAUUGCAGUUGUUUACAAAAUAUUCUGACAAAUUCUUUUGAGCAUUUUCUACUACUUUCUGAUCAUCUAGAAGAUAGUUGUUCAUUCUCCAUCUAAACAUUCUUUCUUCAAAAUCUUUUAAUUCAAAUUUUAUUGCACUGUGAUCCGAAAUCACUCUUGGUUGAAUUUCAAUUUCCGAGAUUCUUGGGGUUAAUUCGUUUGAGACCCAUACCUGAUCUAUUCUUGACAUGGAUUGAUUCGGUUCUGAAUAGAACGUAAAUUGAUUCUCCAGUGGGUGUCUGAGUCUCCAAAUAUCAAUCAAAUUACAAUUCUUAAUCAUUGAAGAGAAAGUCUUAGAUAGUUUCCCAUCUUUACUCACCCCUGUUGUUCUCAGUCUGUCCAUUUCCAUUGACACCACUCCAUUCAGGUCUCCCAUUAUUAUAAUUUUCUGAUCCAUAUAUUCAAACAAUCUUUCUUCUAAGUUUUUAUAAAAGUCUGUUUUGUUUCCAUUUGGUGCAUAGAUCCCGACGAUUAUUAUUUUUUCUCCUUGCCACUUUAUUUAUUAACAGAAUUUGUAUACUAAGUUGUAUACAAUUUGUAUACAAUUUUAUUGUAAAUAAAAUCUAAGUAGUUUAGAGAGAAGGAUUGGGGAAUAAUACCCUUCCACAGAGUUUCUCCAGUAUAAUCUUUUGCGAUUCUCUGUGUCCAAAAACCCAUCUCUUGUGACAAUUAUUGACACAUCAGAAGGAGUAAACAAAGGAAAAUAACUCACAUUCUAAUGGGAAAUUAAACUUGGAAAACUAAAGCUAAAUAAAAUCUGUUGUAUGAUCACCUGACCCCCCCAGAAUUUUUUUUGGUCAGAGUUCUAAAUUGAAGUUAUUGGGGGUAUUAACAUUAUGAUCAGAUAGGUAGGUUGCUUAUAAGAAAUAGAAGUAAGAAAACUUUUGUGUAUGGUAUACAUACCUGUAUCAAUACAAACCUUCAGGCAAUUCUGUGUUGGUAGCCUUGCAGUAUUCUCAUAUGUUUUUCUCCUCAGAACAUGUUCCAGUUUGUUUAGCAUAUGACUCCCGGAACUGGACACAGAGUUGGUAGUGUGCCACUUUGUAGUAGCAUUAUGGAGAUUUUGAACUUGUGAAUCAGCAUGCAGUCUUAUUUUGACUGAGUCUUGUGGGAUUUAAAAGUCCCAACAACCUCUGGAGGACUACAGUAUCUCCAUUUGUGCUCUGCAUGGAAACUUCCAUGUCUAAAAUCUUCCCUGUCAUAUACUGCUGCCUAAACAACAUUAGCAUCCCUAUGUAGCAUUUUGCUUUCUGUGCAUUGUUCCUGUCAUGUGGAGAAUAUGUGAGUAUGACUGCAUGCAAGGGCUUUUAGAUGGUACCACCUUCACAUGGAGUGUUGCCAUAGGGACUGGCUCUUUUCAGUGCUUAUUUGUGGGCAAGUAACAUCUUAACGAGGCCCUCAAACUUUUGCCUUUCAGGGCAAAAGUUGAUUUUUUAAGAGGCGUAGCCAUAUUAGUCUUUUGCAGCAAAAACUACUGCGAGCCUUGUGGAACCUUGAAAGAGUAACAAAUCUGUUAUGACAUAAGCUUUUGUGGACUAGAUCUUGUCUACAAAAGCUUAUGCCAUAACAAAUUUGUUAGUCUUUAAAGUGUCACAAGACUCUUUGUUACUUUGUUUAUGCACAUAAAACAAAUACGCAUAUGCAAACGCAGAAUGGUGCUGCAGUGAUAAUAUGGGGCCACAGAGGCAGUGGCCUGGAGGGUAGAAAAGAUUCAACUUGCCAAAGCAUACCUUGCUGUUGAGUGUGUCUCUUGGAGCAGGAUGCAAGGCCCUAUGAAUUAUUUCUGGCAUGUAGAAUUUUUCAUAUGCAGGAGGUGCAUAGAGCUGAUGUUACAGUUCUGUUUCACGUUAUUAGUAUCUUAAUAAGUUCGUCAGCUUUUGAAUGACUGUAUUACUGUAAAAUUAAAAUAAUCUUACUGUUUGAAACACGCAUGGAAAGAACUGUUGCUCUCAGCUUCGAGAGUAAGAAAAUACACCUUUUAAACAAAAUGCAGUACCUUUUUUUUGCCCUUUUGUGGAGACGUUAUCUAUAACACGUGAUUAAGGAAAUGAGCAUGUAUACAGAAUUCUGUUUCCCCCACUAAUGGGGGGCAUUUUUGUGCCAAUGAGCUAAUUAUUUUAAUAUGGCUCAACCAAUAACUUCUUUGUUUAUCAUCUGUCCACUUAAUCUUUCUGUAGAAAAUUAAAGUUCUUCUGUUACUAAUCUUGAAUUCAAAGUUGCUUGUAAGGUAACAAAGUUCUAAUAUAAGAUGCCAGACCUCUGCUGGUUAUACCUGGUUUGGUGAAUAAAAGUGUGGGGACUAUAUUUGGAGCCAUAUCAAAGGCCCCAUGCAUUAAAAAAAACUAAUAUUAAAAACUUGUAACCCAGGGGCAGCCAAUGUGGUGCUUUCCAGAUGUUGUUGAACUCCAACUCCCAUCAGUCUCCCUGACCAUGGUUAAUGGUCAGAUAAUGAGAAUUGUAUUCCAACAAUAUCUGGAGGCACCACAUUGCUUACUCCUGCAAUAACCUAUCCAGCUACUUCCUGAUGAGUGGUAGGGUUGUGCUAUAUCUGAAUUUUAAUUCAUACUGUACCAUCUCACAUAUUUCUGCCAAAGAUGCUCAUUUGACGGGAUGGUCUGGAAGGUGGCUGAAUAGAGAAAAGCCUUGAAACCUUUAAUAGCUCGAAGAAGCCAGGCAGAAAGAGUGGGCUGAAGGACAUGGGAGACUUAAGUAAAUGCAGAUGAGUUUGGCAGAGGAGGCCAAAAUAUGCAUGUAUCAGCCAGGAGGGACGGGGAGGACACAAGAUUUUCAGUUCAUUGCAGGAAUUUGAUGGAUGUGCAAGUACAAAAGGACUGCAUCUUUGGUAGUGUGAAAUUAUUCUGCAAGUUGAGAAAGUUUCUCCCACCAUUGUGAGGCUCAAGUUUUUCACAGGAGCACAACUUCACUUGCUGAUCUUUGAAAUAAAAUAUGUACUUCAUUUUAGCAAGGAGCUUUUCCUCCCCCUGUUUCAUAAAUGACUCAGAUGUCCAUUGAGAAACUAGCUUAGAAUUCUAAAAUGAAAACCCCAAAUCAGUUACUCACUUCAAAGUUUAUUGCCAAGGGGCUCUUUCUCUACCUAAUGCUGCAGCUUCAGACCCAGACAUGCCAGUGUUGGCAGAACAACUCUGCUUUGUUCUUUUCAGUGCUAAUGAAAUGUUUACUUUUGCAGGUGUGCUUUUAACUCAAGCCUGAUAAGCCAGCCAGCUUUCUCCUUGCUUCCUCCAAAGCACUGCAGCAGCAGCAGUCUCUUGUGUCCUGUAGGUUGUUACUCAAGAAAUGAAACAAUUUUGAAACCUGUAUUUUGUGUAAAGUUAUUGUCAGAAUGUUAAUGCUCCUAGCUGCAUAAUGCUGUUCUUUAACUCAUAUUUUCAACAAUUAUUAUCUACAAAGGCAAGAAUAACAAUGAUGUGUUUCAUCUAAAGUGAUUGAAAACACAGAAUUUUGGGGGUUAGAUUCAGAGCAAAUUAAAUCUCUAUUGGGUUUUGUGGACUUAAUGGGACUUGAGCUUUCCAUGUAGAUUUCAGUGUGUUCUAAGCAUCACUAACUUGGUCUGGAUCCACGCCUUUCCUAUAGAGCACAAAGUUUAAUCAUGGGCAGUUCUUCUAGAUAAGAUACAAAAGGUCAUGAACAUUGAGCAAGUGGCUUCUUAAAGUGAUAGGAACACCUGUGGAAAACCCUUCCAUCAGAUGUCAAGGAAAUAAAGAACUACACAACUUUUAGAAGACAUCUGAAGGCAGCCCUGUGUCAAGAAGUUUUAAAUGUUUAACAUUUUCCUAUGUUUUUUUAUGUGUUGUAAGCGGCUCGGAGUGGCUGGGGAAACCCAGCCAGAUGGGCGGGCUAGAAAAAAUAAGAUAUUAUUAUUAUUAUUAUUAUUAUUUAAGCAAUAGCUUGUGUUGUUGGUCAUGAGGGCUGCCAUAAUAAAAUCUACAAAAAGAGACAUGGGCUGGAAUACAUCUUUGUGAUAUGGUGAAUGUCCACACUCACUAAUGCCUCCCCCUUCCCCAUCCCAGUACAUUCCACCACCAGUUUUCCCAUUGUAUGUUAUGGGCAGGGGGGAGAAUUGGAGGGGGAAGGGAGAUGGAGGGGGAAUUGCAUUUAAAACAAGAACAACCCAAGCAAUAAGAAAUGGAUAUUGAGAUGGGGUGCUCUUUAAUCUGUGAGUGUUGGCACUUAGCAAACUGAAAUGAACACAAGCAAGGCAGAGAGAGACAGAAUGUGUGAGAGAGUCGAGGAACAGUGUGACCCAUGAAAUCCUGUGAUCAUCCACCAAGUUCAACAGCUGUACCUCCAUUGCUGAUUAUGAUUUGUUGGUUUAAAGCUGCAUCAAGAUCCAGUAGGCUUGAUAGAUACAGGUAUGGCCAUGUUAAUAUCCCACAAGCAGCUAUCAAACUUGAUGGUGGGUUAUCCUGCAAAGCGUAGUGAAAUCUGACACUUCUUUGGAUUGGUGUGGCCCAUUGUAACUUGUCUGCCAAGCUGAAGGGAACAUGGAAGGGCAGAGAUUUGUGAUUUGAUAAAGCAAUGCCCUAAAUUUACCAAUGGUAUCAUUUUGUUCCUUGCUCCCUGCGCAAUAAACGGACCACCUUGAGCCAAAUUAGUGCAGAUGAUCAAGGCAUAUGUUGCUACAGGGUAGCACAGGCUUCCUCAGCCUUGGCCCUCCAGAUGUUUUGAGACUACAAUUCCCAACAUCCCUGACCACUGGUCCUGCUAGCUAGGGAUCAUGGGAGUUGUAGGCCAAAAGCAUCUGGAGGGCUGAGGCUGGGGAAGCCUGGGGUAGUAUGUAACCUUGCAUUUUGUACUUGCAUACUGCAUUUACAGAAUUAGCUUUCUUUUGCCAAUCAGUAAUUGUGCUAUUGCAUAAUUACCAUGAAACACUUUGCUGACUUGCCAAUAAUGGGUGGCUCGCUAGGAGAAAUCUGAACGCCUUUCCCCCCAGUUUAUUGUCACACUUUCAACCCAACAUUACAGCCCGAUUUCAAAGGGCUUUGGGUUCAUUAUGUCCUCCCUGCGACUCAUCACAAAACUUUCUGUACUCUCAAACUUCAGGUGAUCACACUUUUACUAUGUGCUUGGCUGUGGUGGUGUUACGCAUUGUAGAGUUUUUCUUACAGCCAGAUUUCAUGUUCUUUCAUCCCAAGUGUUUUAAGGCAUGUAUGCUGCUGCUGCUCUUUCCUUAAGCAUAAGCCCCUGUAAUAAUCAAGAGGUAGAAUUUAUAGAACAUGUAAUUUCUAUGCUGGAGUUUUGCAACAUAUGGUUGAUUGGCCCUUUGUUGACCAAACUGCCCGGCAGAUCAGUUCAGUUUUAUGUUAAAUAUCCAAUGGAAGUUACAAAUCCAAAGGUAUCACUUGCAGUGACUAAAUUUCUAUCAGUGAGAAGAAUUCACCACCUGAGACUGGACAGGCCGUCUUAGCAAGGACUCACUUGAUAUUAUAGUAGUUUUAUAUGCCUAUAAAGUGACACAGAAGAACAAUCUGUUUUGCUCUGAGAUUCUUGUGUGCUGUAUACUUUUUAUUUUUGGUUUAUUGACUGUAGCAUAUUGAUGGAUUGAUGUGCUUGCUGAGUGGUGUCUUGUUUCUUCCCCAAAUUCAUGUAGUUUUAUAGCCUCUGCUGUGGUUUCUUCCCUAAGGGAAGUGAUGUUUGCACUCAAAGGACCCAUGGAGUGGUAGCACGCUCCACCAAGGAAUGGGAGAGAUUUAAAUGGAAAAAAGCGACUUACAUGUAGCUCCUCUACUACAAUCAUCCUUGGUUUGUUACAGAUAAUAUUAUAACUUAUUGUGUGUAUAUUGGAUUGGUCUAUGUUUUAAAAUGUUAUGGCUAUUAAUCCAAAGGAGUAGGUUUUUAAAUGGCUCUGUGCACCCAAAUUUUAAUUAGGAAUUGGUAAAUAAGUGGCACGCAUACACAAAAUCCACUUUAGUAAUUGGGCUUGAUGCUAUAGAGGUGCAUUCUAAAAUAUGUUAAUGUUAUGGACAUAGUGCUAGUCCUGAAAGCACACUUUCCUCCUGAGUUCUCUUAGCGUCAAAGUAAAUGUUUGCAAAGUGUAGCCUUUAGGAUUGGGCUCAAUCUGAAGUCGGAAUGGCAAAUAUUGACAUUGUGAUUUUAGUGAUCAAGUUCUACAAAUUGUUUUCGUUUUGGUGGAGCAUUUUGCAUGCAGAGUCCCUCACCUGAAUCAUAUAGCAUGUGUAUUAAAGUAACUUCCAGAUUCUGCAUCUGCUAUUUGUGAACUUCAGUCAUGUAUGGUUGAGUGCACAGAAUAAGCCCAAGGUUGCAAAGGUCACUUGUUUUGAUAUGAAGCUAAUGAGGGGCAAAUAUCUGUAGAAGUCCAAAAGGGAUGGCCUAGCGCAGGUUGCUAAGCAACAGACCACAAGAAUUUGUUCAGUCACGAGGCACUGGCGCCUAUUUAGUUUGUUUAUGUCAAGUGCUCUGCCGCCCAAUUUGACAAACGGGAGGGAGGGGGAAAAUUAUACAAAGUAUAUGUAGUGACUGCAAUUCUUCAUCCUGCUUAUGGGAAAUAGUUCUUCCCUGCUGCCCCCUAUUUUCCCAUUAAAAUGAAACCUGGCCAUAUGCCAGUUAUUACCUUUCCAAGUCAGUUUGUGUUUGGUUUCGGUCAGAUUGACUGACAUGGAAUUUGUGGAAUUUUGCUUUGCCUGUGUAGAAUGCAAAACAAUAGGCCUUUCAUUAAAGUACAAAGGGCAGCAAGUUCAUAUCACUACGUUUACCACAUUUUCCUGCUUCUAAUUAUUUCUGUCAUGGGCACUCGGUUUCAAUAUAAUUUUAUUCAGUACUUCACUUGUGCCUCAAGGCACACUGUUAUGGAUCAGUGACAGAGUCUUCUUCUUUUAAAUAAAUGCAUACAUGAAUAGUAAAAUAUUAAACAUUCUCCACAGUUGCAAGGGUUAGAGGUCACCUCGCCUUUUGCUUGAACGCAUUCCACAGCCCUAGAUAGUUUUAACUGGUUAGCUGUUAAUGGUGCUUUGCAAUUUAUAUGGCCAGGAAAAGAACUUAAUCGCAAUUCAUUAUCUGUACACUGGACUUUGAACCAUGUCUGUCUCAAGUGCUUAAACAUAGUUCCUGCUGUUGGCAACGAUAGUGUGAACUGGAUAUGAGAAAUUUCAGUGUCGUAGUUCUAGUUUAGCUGCCUCUGUGAUUCACUAGUUUUGUAUGUGUGAGGGUUCUGACAUAAAUCUUCUCCUGCUGCAAUCCAUCAAUCACUAGGUUAAACUGUGAGGAGAAUUAGCUCCAAAAUUGGAAAUUGAAUCUGCACUAUUUAGUGUAUUUGGACACUACACUAAACUGCAGUUUAGUAGGAUAUACAGUGAGCUUCUGACUCAUGUGGCCCUCUGCCUCCUUCCCAAUCCUCCAGCAUGCUGCAGGAUGAGUUUGCCAGCUUUUGCUUCUGGCUUCCAUUAACCUCAGCUUGUCAUAUCAUCUGAACUGACAAACUGUAGUUACUGUUAAUUAGCCAUUGAAACUAGUUACUCAGGAGAAGGGAAGAAGCACACAAGUCUAAGAUUCCGGGCUGCUUAUUCACAUUAUGCUAAACUAUGGUUUGAUGUGACGUCUGAACUCUCUUAAUUGUAGGUUCUUCAACAUUCCACACCUUAUGUUAGUAAAUCAUUGUUCAAAGCAUAUGCAUCUACUCAAACCAUCAGUUGGGGGUGGGACAGACACAGCUUUAAUCCUUGAUGAAUUGCACUCUAAACCUCCUACUAUGAGCUAAAUCCACGUUGUCCUAGUUUUAUUUAUUAAAUAAAAAUUUUAACAUUAAUUUUUAAAAAGGGAAACACUUGGCUCCAUAUUGGCUGCAGACAGAUUAUGCUUGCAUUUCCGGAUGGGUCAAGUUCAUAUUAAUGAUGAUCUAUACAUUCCCCUCCCCCCUUUUUCAGUUCUGUUGCUUGAGAAGAUAGAGAAUGAUGAUAUUCAUAACAAAACACUGAAGAUUACAGACUUUGGCUUGGCUAGAGAGUGGCAUAGAACAACUAAAAUGAGUGCUGCGGGAACCUAUGCAUGGAUGGCACCUGAAGUUAUCAAAUCAUCCAUGUUUUCUAAAGGAAGUGAUAUCUGGAGGUAAUUAUGUUUUCAAUAUUCUCUUUAUUUGUUUCUUUAAAUAACUUUUGUACAGCUGGAUGAAAUUUGAAGCAACCUAAAGUUGUGUGGUUGUUCCUGGUGUGGUGCCUGGGUAAAUGCUGUAAGUGAGGAGCACCACCGAGGCGUACAAAACUUGCAAGGUCCUGGCUCCUAAACCUCACCCAGUCACUCUGGCACUCUGCUGAUUCUAGGCUUCCCUUAAUGGUUCUCACUAUACUUCUCGAUAUAUUGGUUCUCACUAUAAUGCAUUCUAGAGAGCAGGAGGAAUCUCUUUAUACUCCUAUGUGCAUUUUUUAACACCUGAAAGAUGAGGUCAGAUAUACAAGGAGAGGAAUUCAACUUUGCACUAAGGCAAUUGUUCUGUUUGGCAAAGCAUUUUUGCUUGCCAGGCAGAACCACCACCACCCCACUCAUCCCUUCAUGCGUAAAACAGUUUCAUAGAAUCGUAGUGUUGGAAGGGACUCUGAGGAUCACCUACUCCAGCCCCCUGCAAUGCAGGAAUAUGCAGCUUGGAUCGAACCUGCAACCUGGAUGUUAUGAGCUCCACACUCUUAACCAACUGAGCUAUCCAGGUUUCAUUUACAGUAUAAUUAAAACAAGGCAGGUGAAAACCCACAACCACCAGAGCAACAAUAAAAUAGCAGUAGCAACGAGAUCAGGCAUCCAUCUUAAACACUUCAAGGAAUUAUUCGGUUCAUUCUUCCUUUUUUUGUGGACCGCAAGGUGAAGGCUUUAUAGAAACAAGUAUGAUGAAACCACUUUCAGAUAUGCAGAAUACUUAUUUAUGUAGCUGGAUUUUCAUUUGCUUCCAAGUAACAUGCCUGUGGCCAUAAGGCAUUUCAUUUAGCUGCAACCAAGUGUUGGAAGGAUGUAGAGCAUGGUGAUGGCAUAUCCUUUGUUGCGGUGUGUUUGGAUGCUUUCCUUCUUUCUAGACGGGUUGAUGACCUUUUAAGUUUUUGUUUUGCCCUUCAUUAAGCCAUGUAUUUAACUGUCAAAUAAACAUUUAUUUAUAGUUAUGGCGUAUUGCUGUGGGAACUCCUUACGGGAGAAGUUCCAUACCGAGGCAUUGAUGGUCUUGCUGUGGCUUACGGUGUUGCUGUCAAUAAGCUUACUUUGCCCAUUCCAUCUACAUGUCCCGAACCAUUUGCUAAACUAAUGAAAGGUACUUGUGCUGCUUAUUAAAAAGGGGGGGGGGAGUUGCUAUGAGAUAACUCGCAUGUUGUCUAUAAUAUGUGUACAUUUUUUUUAGUUUUAGCAUUUCAUUUAGAAAUGUCAUCACUUACAUUAAGGUAUAGAAAACACCAGCUUCCCAUUUCAUUUUAGUCCAGUACUAAAAACGUGUGUUUUUUAAUGCGUUCAGCAGUGGAACGUAAUUUCAUUUUAAAGGCGGCAUUCAUCUUUGAAAGUGCUUUCUUGCUCAUUUAUUCAUUAAGUUAUAUUCUUCCCUUCCUCCAAAGAAGCUCAGAAUAGCAGCGUAGCCUCACCACAGUCUGUGACGUAGCUCAGGUUGAGACAUUGUGGCUUAGAAUCAUAGAACUGUAGAGUUGGAAGGAGCCGUGAGGAUCAUCUAGUAGUCCAAACCCCUGCGAUGCAGGAAUAUUCAGCUCUCCCGUACGGAGAUCAAACCUUCAGCAUUGGUGUUCUCAGCACUGAGCUCCAACCAACUGAGCUACUUGCCUAAAGUCUGCAAGUCAGUGCAGUUAAUGCUCAAAGUUAAUGAAAAGUUACAUCGGAAGCAGUUUAUUUUGUUGGUGUAGCAUGAUUUUCUCGAUGCAGGAUGUUUGCGGAUCUACAGAUUGAAUAAUUCAUAUGGGGGAAGUGAAGGAAUCCUUAUUUUUAAAAGCUCUUGUGUGCCAUCCUUCCAUAUUUUGAGCCUAGAUGAAUCUAUAGGACAUGGGUCUGUGCCUUCAGGUCACCAUUGCAAAAAGAAGAUUGUGUGAGACCCAAGCAAAAAUGCACAUGGUGAAUUUGUGGUCUCACUUUUUGAAAGUGAAAGGACCGUAAUUUAUUUAACAGGUCAUGCCUAAAAUAAUCUGUGCAUGCAUCCAAGUCACAUGCUACCUUUUAUACAUAGCUCUGGACAGUCUGAGGAAAUUGCCUCAUUUAAUGCAAUCUCAAGCAAACCCUACUCUACCAAGAAAGUGCUCUAUUAAUUGUUUUGAGUUUUGUUUAGGAACAGUAUAUAAAUGUUUCAAAAGAAAUGCUAAAAAAAAAAAUUGAAUUCUUAAAAGCUGCCAAGCUACAGGGAACCGGACAGAGGGCCGUCUCGGUAGUGGCACCUGCCCUGUGGAACGCCCUCCCACCAAAUGUCAAAGAGAAAAACAACUAGCAGACUUUUAGAAGACAUCUGAAGGCAGCCCUGUUUAGGGAAGCUUUUAAUAUUUAAUAGACUAUUGUAUUUUACUAUUCUGUUGGAAGCCGCCCGGAGUGGCUGGGGAAACCCAGCCAGAUGGGCGGGGUAUAAAUAAAUUAUUAUUAUUAUUAUUAUUAUUAUUAUUAUUAUUAUUAUAGUGUCAGAUUUUGUUCCCUGUUCUUCUAACUGAUGCAAUUGAUGAAUUUUAGUGUGCUGGGCUCAGGAUCCCCAUAUCCGACCGCCCUUUACCUUGAUUCUUGAGCAGCUUACUGCCAUUGAGGAGGCUGUUUUGACUGAGAUGCCUCAGGAAUCUUUCCAUUCCAUGCAAGAUGACUGGAAACUGGAAAUUCAACAGAUAUUUGAUGAACUGAGGACCAAGGAAAAAGUGAGUGAAUUGGAUCUUUUCCCCUCUUAAUUCUUGGUACUCUUUAACUCUUUUAAAUUGCUCUUUUAUCCUUGCGGGGUGGUGUAUAGUCAGAACACAUUGGGCUUAAUGGCAGGUGGGAUUGCCAAAGUCACCCCACUUUUUAUUUUUAUUUUUUUGCCAUGUGCGUAAAGCUGAACACACACAAGUUGCAGGCUUACUAUAUACAAAUGUAUAUGUAAUUGUUUAAAAGUUGGGUGACUAAUCAUAUAUAAAAAACAAAGCCUUCAUUGGGUGAGCAACUAAUUGUGAAGAAAAGAAGCUUCUGUAUAAUUUGAAAUCUUGCCUUUUCCUAUAUGUAUAUACACACACACACACACGCGCAAACACACACACACACACACACACACACACACACUACACUGGGCUAACUAUUCUUUUGUUACAAAUAUUAAUGGGAAACUUCCUAAGCUGCCAUCCAAGUUGACUUUCAUAGUAUAUAUUAAAAGUUUUUAUGCAUAAAAAGUAGGGGAGCCCUUGGGGCACUGGCAUGCCUACUAGAUCUUAGUUAUCUGGCAUUGUAUUUAAUAAUAAUAAUAAUAAUUUUAUUAUUUAUACCCCACCCAGAGUGACAGGGUUUCCCCAGCCACUCUGGAUGGCUUACAACAUAUAUAUAAAAAUUGUAAAACAUCAACCAUUAAAAACCUCUUUAUACAGGGCUGCCUUCAGAUGUCUUCUAAAAGUCAAAUAGUUGUUUAUUUCCUUGACAUCUGAAGGGAGGAUGUUCCACAGGGAGAGCAUCACUUCCAAGAAGGCCCUCUGCCUGGUUCCCUGUAACCUCACUUCUCACAUUGAGGGAACCACCAGAAGGCCCUUGGAUCUGGACCUCAGUGUCCGGGCUGAAUGAUGGAGGUGGAGACGCUCCUUUAGGUAUCCUAGGCCGAGCCCAGAAUACUUUUCCUCUUCUGCAGUCUACUUGCUAAAAUAAUAAUUUAGAGUCACAUUUCAGAACACAUUGUGGAGGUUAACUAAAAACAAACCAAACUGAUGAGGGAAACAAUGUCCCAAAUUCCCAUUUGUCCUUAAUCCAACAAAGCCUGGCUAGAGUUUGGUUGACCACCUCUUUUAAAAAUAGCCUUGGUGUGGAAAGAGGGAGAUUUCACCCUAUCUCCCUCUUGUUUGAAAAGUUGUCAGGUAAAAUACUUACGGAAUUUUUUUCCAUCACAUGGCAGAAGACUUGUGUCCUAACUAGUAUUUCUAUAACUCUUGUUAGGAGCUGAGGUCACGAGAAGAAGAAUUGACAAGAGCUGCUCUCCAUCAGAAAUCACAAGAAGAGUUGUUGAAGCGGCGUGAGCAGCAGUUAGCAGAACGGGAAAUCGAUGUACUGGAGCGAGAACUCAAUAUUUUGAUAUUCCAGUUAAACCAAGACAAGCCCAAUGUGAAGAAGAGAAAGGGAAAGUUCAAAAAAAGCAGAUUAAAGCUUAAAGAUGGUCACAGAAUCAGUCUGCCUUCAGGUUCGAUUUUCCUCAUCUAUGCAUUUAUUUAGGAUGGCUACUGCAUUUGCAGAUUUCAAAUACUGGGCUGAAAGUUUCAGAGGUUGCUAUUGAAAGGUUAGAUACAAUACUGAUAUCAUAUUAUGCAUUUCAGUGUGACAAAUGUGCAACAUUUUUAAGAUAUUGAGGCGUUAGCACAGACCUCCCUUGUGUUUGAUUUAGAAUUUUGUUCUACCAGCCAAUUAAACUUCCUGAAUUGGGAAACAAAAUAUACUGGGGAAUGUUGCUUUGAAGUAGAAUUCUGGUAGGGAAUUCCCCUGUUGAUAACAUAUUAUAUCUUUGUUCACGCCAGAGUAUUUAUUACUGGUGUGUCAAGGGUUUGUGAAAGAGCAGCAAACAUGGAUUCCUUCCUCUGCUCAGUAGCUGCGGCUGCUGUUCUUCCUGUACCUGUUUACCAGGGAGUAAGAACCACUGGAUUCAAAGAGUCUUACUAGGAUUGUGUUGCAUGUUACCUUCAGAGUUGUCUCUCUGGCACUUAGUGACAAUUAAAUAUGAGCCAACAUGAAAGCAGUGCACCACUGCUGUGUUGAAGCUAGGUUGUGAUUAUGCUGUAAAAGCACUGCACCAGGUUCUUUAGAGGUAGGCAAAAUUGCAGGUACAACGAAUAAUCAAUUUUGUGUUUAUACCAAGGGUUUGUUUUUUUAAAAAAAAAUGCCUGUAACUAUUGUUAUAUGUAAAGAAGCAGCAUGUUAAUUUGAAUUUGGGUUUUUAUUUUCUCAUACAAAUACAUUCUUCUCCUAUUUAUAAUAGAUUUUCAACACAAGAUAACAGUGCAAGCCUCCCCGAACCUGGAUAAGCGAAGAAGUUUAAACAGUAACAGCUCCAGUCCACCAAGUAGCCCCCUAAUAAUUCCCCGUCUUCGAGCUAUACAAUGUAAGUCUAAAUCAGGUAUUGCCCCCCUCCCUCUAAUCUUGAGUUUCUUAAUCUGGAAUGCCUGAACUCUAACUCUCUUGAUCUUGCAGUACAUUUUAAUACAGCCUAAGUCUGAAAUCCUAUACACACUUAGCCGGCAGUAAGCCCUAUUGAAUUCAGUGGGAUUUACUUCCAAUCAAACAUGUAUAGGAGUAUACUGUAAAGUAUUGUUAGCCAGUACAAGGUGAAGGUGAAGAUAUGAUAGUUUAAAACAAUGGACAGAAAAUUCUCAAAUUCAAAAAAGAUUUUGUUAUUAGUUUCAGAGUUAUUGCACACUGUGGUUAGCAUUAACAAUGGUAAUGAGAUAGUGACUUAAACUUUAACUAUGUCGGAGGCUUAAUUUGGGCAUUCCACCAAACUAUGGUUUCUGGUAACAAUAGUUUACAGCCACAAACCAUGAUUUGAGCUUCUGAUCCAAACUGGUUUAGAACUGCUUUUUUGCUUCCCUUUCCCACCUGCUCAGCAUUCCUUUCUCAAGGUGCUGUGGCAUUUGGGGGUAGUGUGAUGCCCACAAUUAUGGCUGGUCAGUUCAGAAAACCUGAAGACUUCAGCACCUUGGAUUGCAAACUAGCCAUCCGCUUCUGAUUCUGGUUUCCUAGCAUCUUACAAAUCAUGGUUUGUCAAUUUGGGCUCUGCAAUUAAACACAAAUAGCUUCUGGUUGUUGCUUGGUGUUUGAAUUGUGCCCAAGACUGGACUUGUAGAAUUUUAAAUAAUGUUAUUCUCUCAUAUAUAUAUAUAUAUAUAUAUAUAUAUAUGAAAAGAAAUAUGAAUAUAGGUGGGCAGUUUGCUGGAAUGCAUCUUGAGAUUUUUAGUAGAGUUACUGUAUGUUGUGUGUGUCUGCCUGCCUCUGUGCACGCAUGAAGGGACUUUUACAUUCAGCUUAGUUCCAAGCGUUUUCCCCUUUCACACAGCCUAACACUGGUUAAUUAUUCAGUGUCUUCUGUUUGAGGGUAAUAAAUUAUCACUCCUGUUUCCCAGAAAUGAAAGGGGCUAUUGUCUGUCUGUCGUUCAACCUGGAUGUCUUGUAAACAAAAGAUUAUUUUCUUCUCUUUGAACAGCAUUUUCUUAAUCCUUUGUUCCCAUUAUCUUCUGUUCUUUCAGACUUGAUAGAUAAAGCUGAAGGGGAGUUCUUACAGACAUUUAACUUGUGUACUUAUUUGGUUGAAGCUGAAACUGUUUUCUUAUUCUGUGGUACAUUUUCUCCCUUCACCUAAUUUUGGGCUGCACUGCAGUGGCAUAAUGGAAGGAAUGGGAGCCCCUUCAAUACAGUUUAGAAACAGAGGUCUAGUCACCUUUGUCUGGAAAUCACAUCAGGUUUUUAAUGAAAAUAAUCAAAAGGGCUAUAAAACGCAAAUUCUUCCUCAUGCAGGAUUUAUUUUUAACUGUUGGUAAUGCUUGUAAUCAGGCUUUAUUGAUUUGAUUUUGUAAAGGUCAUUACCAACUUGGAAGUUUUCUGAAGUAGGAGAGGCUAUAUCUCUAAAUUUGGUUUCUUUAGACAAUUAUGCAUUGGAACUAUAUGUUGAAUAUUCAUUAGACUGUGAACCCAGUCUUGAAUAUUUUUGAGAGACUCCUUGAAUUGGGCAGAUUUUGUAAACAAGUUUGUAGUUCUUUAACUGAACAAGUAAGCCUGCAAGCUUCCCACCACCACCAUAAUACUUCUCAAGAACAUAAAAUGUUAGAAUAUUAGAAUUGCCUGGGAUCUAUGGAACUGAGAAGAAAAGAACAUAUGCUGGCUGUACAGUUAUGGAGUCUGUAGUGUGCAAGCCCUUGAAGGGGCCACAUGCACAUUAGGCCAAAUCCUGCAUAGAGGUUGUUCCAAGGAGUCUUGGGAUAUGUAUACAGGAGAUAUUUUUUAAUUUUUCUAAUGCAGUCACCUCCUGUAGAAAUGGAUCUUUGUAUCCCAGUAAUUGGAUCCCUGUGAUUUUAAUCUGAAGAAAGAGUGUUAAAAACCCACAAAAAGUUCCAGUGUAACUUUACCAAUUUUGUUUUCCUCAUACAUGUAUGCCACCUAAAUAUAUUGUACAUCAUCCAAUGGGCUGGAUUUUGGAAUGACAAGUAAGAGAAAGCUUGCAGAAGAGGAUUUGCCUUGUCCUUCCUUUGCACUGCAACUUCUUGAAAUUCAGAACAGUGCGUUGUGAUGGGGCAUUCAUAGGAUUGGAUAGGUACUGUUAUCCAAUUUGGGGUGACAGCCCAUUCCAGAAGAUCUCUCACCCUCUCAGAGUGACUUUUAGUCAGGCAGAGGACCGACUGUGGAUAGAAAGGGGUGCAGAAGUAUCGUUCUGCAAGGUUUCUUCCACUCAGAGUCCAGCCCAAUAUGUUUAGGAAAAAUUAGGGAAGGUAUAAUGAGAAUAUUGGGGGGGGGGGGUUAAAAUUCUCUCAACUGUAUACGGCCAAGCUACUAGCUACAUUCCAUCUAAACAUGCUUCAUUCACAUCCAUUCCUGUUUCUGUGUUGUAUAAUAGUAUUGUGUGGCACAGCAACACUUCAUUUAGUAAAUAAUUAUUAUUUUCCCUGUUAGUUAUCUGGGCAAUGUACAAAAUAGCUCUUGUCAGUGUGGCUGCCCAAUCCUCUUUGCUGUAUCAGUGCAACAUCGUGGCCAGGUUGUUACACUGGAUUAGAUGAAACAUGAUGACUAUAGUGUGGUGUCGUGUCUGAACUGGAAAGCUGCCACAACACAAUACAUAUUGCACUAUUUCAGCAGCUGUUAUAUCCAGUCCUAAAGAUUUGCUGCUGAUGAUGGUGGUGGUGCUGUCAGCCAUAGGAUUUGACUGCUUAAAAAUGGAUCACAAAGUAAUCAGCUGUGAGCACUUACCUCUCCUCUCCAUGAGCUGGAAAAGCUAUUUCUAGGAUGAAUGGAAGGCCUCUGUACUUUGGGAUGCCUGGUUAAGAUUAUGGUAUUUGCUUAAUACCAAGCUGAAGUGCAACUUGGUAUUUUCAUCUCUAUUCUCUUAAUUGUUUCUUCAGUGAUUUCCAAAACAGACCCAAAUACAGCUAAUGGGCAAAGAAACAGUAUAUAUGUGUACCAUCAAGAUGUAGAUAUCACAAGCGAAUAUGAACUUCCCAGUGGGGUUAAGAAAAAAGGCAAGACCACAUUAAAUCAUAAAAGGUGUUGGUUAAAUUAAUUUCUAAGCUAAAUUUGUAUGCACUGAUAGCCUGAGCACUUACUUGGAUAUCCAUUCCAGAGAUUGUGUUUCAAAUGAAUGCAAAUGCAUUAACUGUAUAUUAUGACUUUGCCCUAUUAAGUUAUAUCACAAAAGGCAUUAUUCUACAUGUAUAUCUGAUACAAGUGCUCAGUAACUAUAGCUUGCCAAGAUGUAUAAAGAAAAAUCAAAAGCAUGAAAAGAAAUCAGAUAUUUUCUGUUGAUUGGCUUAGUUUCUUUUCUUACCUCCUACCUUCAUAGAUGAAACAACUCUUUGCCUGCUUGGAUUUGAUUUUCUCUUAGCUGUCCUUUAAUUGGGGAGGGGGUGUAAUCUCUUUUACAGUAGCAUAAUGUGAAUGCUAAAGCAUCGGGUAUUUUCGGAUAUGCACUGCCAUAAAGCCAUACUGCUUGGAAUUGCUCUUGAGAUCUUUCCUCUUUCUGCAGUGACCUCGGAUGAGAGCAACAAAACGUGGGGAAGGAGCACAGUUUGUCAUCAGGAAGAAUUUGAAGAUGUCAAGCGAGGCUUCAAAAAGAAAGGGUGCACAUGGGGGCCAAGCUCAGUUCAAACAAAAGAGCGUACGGAUUGUAAAGAGAGGUAUGGCUGCUAUGUGGCAUGAGGAAUGCAAUACAAAGGUGGUGUUUCUGUGGUUGUUUUUGUUUUGAGAAGCUUAUAUCCUGUCCUUUACCUGGAAGGCUCAGGGCUGUUUAGAAUAAAAUGAAUGCAACAGCACCUGAAUAAAAACCGUAUGCAUAUGUAAAAUUAUAUAUACAUUUGAAUCUGUUUGAUCUGUAGUCUUGACUUUUGCCCAUCAUGGCUAGUUGGGGAUUGCCUGGGGAGGGAACUGUAUUAGGGGCCUUGAAGGAAGUAGUGGUAUAAUGAUUCUUGAAGAAGCCCACUCUGGACACUGAAGUGUUCAAAACACACACACACACACACACUCCUUCUGUGUACUGUACACAGAGUAAUCUGGGAGUACUGAAGCUGUUUUGUUUAAAUUAUGCAUACUUAAUGCUGACUCUGGUUCCAGAUUGGACAACACAGGAAGCUGUGGUUGAUUAAAACAGGAGUGAAAUCUUCUGAACAAAAGGGAGGGCAGAGAGAGCACUCAGGCCUGAAGCUUGUUCUGGCUCGUUCCUUCUUGUGCACAGCACACAAAACCAUGGGUUGGUGGGAAAUCAGAGUGGGAAAUCAGAGUCAACAAGUGCAACUGAAUUGAAUGAGGCUUGCAAAACCAUACUUAUUUUCCAUCUUAUAGUGGCUAAACCUGUGUGGGCUUAUUCCUGAUGCAGGUCGAGUUAGGAUGCAUCUGUCUAUGCCUAAUUGAACAGCUGUAAUCAGUGCUUUUUUCUGGGGGGGACGCAGGGGUACACAUACCCCUAAACAUUUUGAGAAUCUAAGUUUGGCCUCAUUGAUGGGCAGUAUUUCAAUAUGAGUAGGAAAAUGAGAGUACCCCCAAAUAUUUUUUAAAGAAAAAAAGCACUGGCUGUAAUGAAUAAGAGUGAGAAAUUCUGGCAGCAAAAUUCAAACACUGUGAGGAGGGCAAAGGGCAGAGACAAUCUCUUACUUGAAAACAUCCUAGGUUUUCAACUUAAUGCAAACAUGAAUUACUGGAGUUUUAAGGCACACAAUUUGAGGCAUGCCAGGGGUUAAACAUUUGGAGAUGCCUUGUUCAGAUUUAUUCUGAAAAAAAGUGCACUCACUUCGUUGCUUGAAGAAAAUGUUGAGAACCAUCAAUUAUACAAAAGUCCUGUGGCUUAGCUACAAACUACUGACUCUGGAUCUCGAAAAUGAAUAGGUUUUAUCUCUUAAUGCAGUGCAGGAAAAUGAAUAGUUUCAAACUCCUGAUUAACAUUGUAACAUUUGUAUCAGAGAUGUGGGUUUUCCGGAAAACCUUGAAUUGGAAGAUUUUCCAGUGUCCUAAAUCACUGAAGAUUUGAUUCAACGAGUUUAUAGGACUUUAUUAAAAAAAAAGUCAUGCUUCAUUUGUAUACUGUAGGAAUGUCCUGAAAUUUUGUUUUCAGUCGCCAAAAGUAGUUGAACUGAAAUGUUCCAAUGCAGGAAAAGGGUGGGUGGGAUUAAAUAAAGUCCAAAUCAUUUGUUUCAAGCAAGCCAACUUUUAACUGCUGUAUAAGAACUGCAACAAUAGCCAGAUCAUGUUCUGUUGUUUAGCAGAAAACCUGUCCCGUUAAGGCUUUUUAUUUUGCACUUGGGCAAAAAAAAUGAGAGGCACAAAUACAAGAUGGGGGACACCUGGCUUGAGAGCAGUACAUGUGAAAAGGAUCUAGGAGUCUUGGUUGACCACAAACUUGACAUGAGCCAACAGUGUGACGCGGCAGCUAAAAAAGCCAAUGCAAUUCUGGGCUGCAUCAAUAGGAGUAUAGCAUCUAGAUCAAGGGAAGUAAUAGUGCCACUGUAUUCUGCUCUGGUCAGACCUCACCUGGAGUACUGUGUCCAGUUCUGGGCACCACAGUUCAAGAAGGACACUGACAAACUGGAACGUGUCCAGAGGAGAGGCAACCAAAAUGGUCAAAGGCCUGGAAACGAUGCCUUAUGAGGAACGGCUAAGAGAGCUGGGCAUGUUUAGCCUGGAGAAGAGGAGGUUAAGGGGUGAUAUGAUAGCCAUGUUCAAAUAUAUAAAAGGAUGUCACAUAGAGGAGGGAGAAAGGUUGUUUUCUGCUGCUCCAGAGAAGCGGACACGGAGCAAUGGAUCCAAACUACAAGAAAGACGAUUCCACCUAAACAUUAGGAAGAACUUCCUGACAGUAAGAGCUGUUCGACAGUGGAAUUUGCUGCCAAGGAGUGUGGUGGAGUCUCCUUCUUUGGAGGUCUUUAAGCAGAGGCUUGACAACCAUAUGUCAGGAGUGCUCUGAUGGUGUUUCCUGCUUGGCAGGGGGUUGGACUCGAUGGCCCUUGUGGUCUCUUCCAACUCUAUGAUUCUAUGAUUCUACUUAGCUAUCUGUUUAUCAAGAGUGGUUUUCUUCAUACUAAAGAUUUUCUCUUCUUUCAGAAUAAGACCCCUCUCAGAUGGCAGUAGUCCUUGGCCAACACUUUUGAUGAAGAAUCAGAAAGGUGUUCCUUUAGCGUCUUUGUUCAUAGACCAAGGUGAGUGUGCAUGCUAUAUAUAGUGAUAUAUUAUAACUAUAUAUGGAAAUACUGCUUUUGUUUUUCAGGAUCUUGUGGGCAUCAGCACUCAGAAUUAAACAUGGAGUUCAUAAGAGUAGUUUAAAACCCUAAAAUAUAAAUAUUCUAAAUGAGAUUUAAGGUGGAACCAUGUUCAGAGACAAAACCAUGUUCACACAUCAUGAUAAGCCAGACUUUCUGGCUUCUUGUGGCUUGCUGAGAACAGACAACAAACCACGGCUUUAAGGUGGCUUGCAACUGUGGCUUGUUAGAGAGAAGCAAGCCACAGCUUCUGAUUUGGAUUUAAAGCACAGGGGAGAAGUAAUGAUGGAGCAAUUGGACAGUGUGCAUCAAUAAUCUGCUCAUUUUCAGUAAGCCAUACUAAGUCAGAAAGCCUAGCUUGCCAUGAUGUGCAAAUGUGACCAAUGUCCAGUCAUUGCCAUGUGAUGUAGCCAGCAGCAAAUCAUGAUCUAGGUAGUCUUGUCAUGAACCUGAAAGUCUUUAAAUGGAGAAGCUUGGGGUUUCACAUGGGGUUUCACAUGCAGAACAUGAGCUCCACCACUGAGCAGAAUUUCAACUUUAUUUGUCUUAUUUGCUACCCCAGAGACAUUCAUGAACACAGGGGAAAUAGCAAAAUAGAUGGUAUGACCAUACAGCCAGCAACUACAUUCUUAAAAACCACUAAAACCAAAGAUAUUUGCCAUCUAGCUCUUCAGAAGGGCAGUUUAUCUGGGUGGUCAAGUUGAAAAGCAAUUGCUUUAUUGUUUACAUGUGUGUGAUUAAGGUUUCUACUUAAGCAAGCCAUGUGAUACAUGAUAGCUUCUCCUCUUAUUCUUUUUGGUGUUCGAAUGCACUUCACAACUCUGCAGAGAUAUUACAGCUGCUAAGCUUUUUUAUAAGUACAUACUGGUAGUGAAGAAAAGAACGUUAUACUUGAAUGUGAACAACUUAAUGUCUCUAUACAGAGCAGAGGCUUUCCUCUGAAGGUCUGGAUACCAAGCGACCAAAGCAAUUAAAAUUGCCAAAUCAGGCCUACAUCGAUCUACCUCUUUGGAAGGAUGACCAAGGAUUUAAUUCUGCAGAACAGGAGAGCUCCGAAGAAAGAAAUUCAGCAAGUUCUGCAAAUAGCACUCCACAAAUGACCCCUACAAACAGCCUCAGCAGAACAUUUCAGAAAAAGAAAACUGACACAGUGCUUUAUGGAUGCGGGGUCCUCCUUGCAUCAGUAGCACUGGGUGUGGAUAUUAGGGAGCUGAACAGAUUUCAGGCUCCUGAAGAAGUACUGCCCAAGGAGGAAAAGAAAAGGCGUGAUGGAAUAUUUCAGCGAGCUUCCAAGUUUCACAGAAGUGCAAGCCCUGUAAGGCUGCAGCCCAAGAAGGAGGAAACACACAUCCCUUCACUAUGUCCACCUGCAAGUACUGUGAACCUUUUCUCUCUUUCUUCUGCUUCCACUAAAUGCCUCCUUCAGUCUGACAGUGAAGAUACAAUUACGAGCACGCUGUCCUUUAACAGAGAUGCACCCAUUAGACACUUUUUGUCUGAAAGUCCUGCGAGUAAAAGAGAACAAAUGGCCAAAGCUGAUCCUGCUGCUGAUUCUAAUGUGCCAUCUCCCAGUCUUCCUUUGAGGGAAGAAUCUCAAUUCAUAUCCAAUGCCUCUUCCUCAAAAGCAAGAGUUUUGGGUCACAGACGAACCGUGUCAGAUGGAAACCCAUGCCAUUCCAUAAGUGAGUAGCAAAAUCAAUCAAUCAAUCUGUAAUUUGUUUUGUUUUCUUUACUGGGACGAAGAAAGUACUCUGACAUGAUUAUGACUAUUAUUAUCGUUAUUUAUAAUUUCUAUAUUGCCCUUCAUCCAAGGAUCACAAGACACUUUACAAUAUAAAAACACAAAAAUGUAUGCCAUAGUAACAAACAAAAGCAAUAACCUUACCCCACACAAUUUAAAAGGCCAUAGAUUGUUUAAUUAGCAAAAAGCCUGGGAGAAGAGGAACGUUUUUGCUUGGCAUCUAAAGAUAUGUAACACACGCACCUAGUUAGCCUCCCUGGGUAGAACAUUAAAUAGAUUUGAUGUAACCUAUUAUACAGCUGCCUUACUUUUCAAUUUGCUAAAAACAUUAGCUAAUUUCUAAUAUCUAUAUUAAGAGGAAGCUAAUAAUAACUGUGCAGAAUAACUGGCUGUUAUGUGCAUUCACUAGGCUUCAUGGAGAAUGUGCAUAUAAUCCUUCCACGAAGAAGGAAUUGUGCAUAUUUUCCAGUCAAUAUAUAUAAUCCCCAACAGGCCUUGGAAAAUGUAUAUGCAGUGACUGACUUUUAUACAUUCUCUAGCCAUUAUGCACAAUUUCUACCAGGCUUUGGGGAAUGUAUAUAUUUUGAGGCAGCUGGCCAAAAGCAGCCCAGAGAGCACAGACUGCACACUUCUGAACAAGAAAUAAUAAUAAUAGACACGGUUUUUGGAUAUUAUGCAAAGUGACUAGAGAGUGUGCAUAUGGCUGAGUGAAGGUAUAAAUAUUCCACAGUGCCUGCUGGAGAUUAUGCAUGGUGGCUGGAGAAUGUGCAAAAUUCAGCAGAGAUGAGCACAUUCCCUGUCUUUGAAGGUUGCCUGAUCAAAAUACAUGUCAAUGUCAUCAUGGAAGGAUUCUCCAUUCUUCAUUGGGCCUGGUGAAUGUGUACAAUGGGCGGUUAUUGUGCACAUUAACUGCUCAUCUUAAGUUCCCCUUAGCAUAUACACUGUAUAUGCAUUGUCCUAGGGUUGUUUUAAAUUUGUCCUUGUUGCCUUUUCCCUCCGUUCUAGGUAAUGGAAUUGCUAAUGGGGCUCCGGAGAGUGUGCACUGCCCGUCUCUCCAGCAAAGAAGCAAUCCUUCACCUGUAAAGCAAGGAAUUGUCAACAUUAUACCAAGACCUCGACCCUCUUCUUUAAGAAGUCGGCUAGAUCCUUGGCAGGCUAUUCCACAACGUCGGAAGUCAAGCCCUUUUGAAUCUGACGGUUCAGAGCGUGAUAGAGGUUCAACGGUUAACUCACUGACAGACACUGAUGAGAGAACUAAAUCCCAUAUGCCAUCUUUGCUGGAUAUUGAUGUAGAAGGUCAAAACAGUGACUCUACAGUGCCUCUGUGUAGGCUGAAGAGUAAAGCAUGCCGGCCAUCAAUAUAUGAACUGGAGAGAGAAUUCUUGUCUUAAGUGCCUUGAUUUUUUUCCUGUGCCCUUUCUAAAGAAACAUUUUCUGUGCAUGACAACUUUAUGCUGCUUUCCCCCUAAUCUUUUUGACCAAUAGUGCUGGUAUUACACCAGGCAGAAAAAACAUUAAAUAUAGAAAGAAUAUACAGUGGAAGGGUUGCUCUGCAACACCCGUACGUGAUGUGAGUGUUUAAUAACAGUAUUCUGAAUGAAUAUGCGUGUGAAAUUCAUUUAAUUCCUCACAAUUUUAAUUUACCUUUACCUAGUUGCAGAACAGCAGGCCCUUUUUACCUUUGGCUUUUUCUCAUUAACAACUUGAUCUGCUAUAUCCUAAAGUCCAGUUGCAGCCAAUGGAAGUUUUGUCUGCAGGCAAAAGAAAAGUAGGAUUUUACUCAAUGAAUUACUUGUAAUCAAACAUGGAAUUGUUCAGAAGUAUGCAGCUUUUCAAUUCCCAAUUAAAACGUAGUUUAAUUAGGCAAUCCCCCAAAGGCAGUAACUGUUAAAAAUAAGAACUUUUAAGAACUUUCGCAAGGAAACCCAUCAUAUAAUGGUAAUGAUACACUGCAGUGUAGAUAUACAUGUGUAUGGUUUCCUUUUUUAAAAUAAAUAAGGUAAAUAUUAAUCUUAACUUGAUCACAAUUUCCAAAAUCAGUGGUACUUCUGAGUAAGGUUAUGGGAAACAAAUGGAAAAGACAGGCACUUUCAAACUGAUUUUUUCCCUGUUGUUCACUGUGCUUAAUCUCUUGUAGAACUGAAAAUGCUGUUAGAGAAUCUUAAUUACUGAAAAAGUUCCAGUGAAACACACGUUUUGCUUUACUGUGCCAAUCAUAAUUUUCUUAAAUUCCUUUAUGGUCUUUUAAAGUCUAAUGUCUUAUAGAUCUGUAUUCCUAUUCAGCAUACACUACAGUAGGUGAAACAGAAUACAGUAAGAAUUUUACAGUAACAAUUACCUGUUGAGAAAGAUGCAUUUCAAACUGUGUGAGCAAUUUAAAUGAAAUCCUGUUUUGGCCAGUUAUAACAUUAUAGUAUUCAUGUGAAAUAAAUUCUUGAAGGUAUUUUAAGAUAUUGAGGCAUUAUUAAAAUGUAAAAUGGAUAGGUUUUCUGAAAUUGAUUCUUCUAAAUUAGAAGUUGUUCAGAAGUGGUGCCCUUUUGGUAGAUUUGCAUAUGAAGCAGAAAUGAAAUUGCCUUUUAAUGGAGCAUCGUUAGUGUUUUUACCUGUGUGUCUUCCUGUCUUAAGGACUUUGCCUGCAAUGCCAAGGACCCCAGUGCAUGAGUAGGAAGCCCUUUUUCUCACCUGUGUGCGCAUGUGCUAGUCUUUGCUUUCUUUCUGUAGCUUUCGCACCACUUUGAGUCCCACUCCAGAAGGUCUUCUGACAUUCAAGAGCAUCGUGGGUUGGGGAGUGCCAGUGUACAUGGGGAACACAAUACACAACCCUUUGGAUUCUACCCUUUAUUUCAAUAAUUAAGCGUAAGGUUUGACUGUGCAUUGUGAAUUUUGAGACAAUGGAACCCACCACUGAAACCACAGCCCUCUAAUCCAAAGCCAUAGAUGGCAUUCCAUAUUCAGCUAAGGUUCCGUAGCAAAAGGACUUGUUAAUUCUGAAGGACAUGAGCUGCAAUUGUACGUUGUAUUUUGCUGACAUGUUAAAGGUUUUCCGUUUUAAUUUGUUCAGAGUGGUGAACAAUCUCCUUGGGGCAGGGAGAGACUAAAAAGAAGAAAUCACAAAUGUUUCUUUGGACUUAAAAUAUUAUGUCUGCUCAAAAAUUUUAAGACACAUUGCCUGCUAGUUGUAAGUUGUGUGGUCUUUGUCUACUAGAUAGUAAUUAAGUUAUUUUAUUUGUUUAUUGAUUAUUGUUUCUCUUCAAAGCAUUUUAUAUUUCUGUCAGUUUCUUCUUUUGAAAAAAACCUUAGGUGCUGCAUAGUACUUUUAAAAUGUUGCCCCUUUGUAUUGGGUAGAGCAGGGGAAGAGAACAAUCUGGCCAGUGGUCCAGAUUCUACUCAUCCCACCUUGCCAGCCAAAUUUGACAGAUGGGUAGGGCCACUCACCUGCCAAGCACCUGGUGUCACAGUGAUGUCAGUGAGAUCGUGGUUUGAAGUCCCAACAAUCUACUGACACUCGGAGCCCUCUGCUACAUUUUGAAGCCUGACAAUCAGCUGAUCAGUGGGACUUCAAAGCAUAGAGCAGGACUUUGCGAGUCGGAGGAGGGGGGUACUUUGAAAUCCCAACAAUCAGCUGCUUGUCAGGCUUCAAAGUGCUUGCAAAGAACCCUGCACUAUGCUUUGAGGUACUGUUGAUCAUCACCACUUCACAAGCUCAGUACAGUUCUGAAGCGCUGUGCAUGGGGCUUCUGACAAUCAGCUGACUGGUGGCACCCCAUAAGCCCCUUUUGGAUCAGACCAGCUGCCUUUUACCUGUCCAUACCUGACAUCAUAUAUGAACCUUUUUCAUAGAAUCACGGAAUUGUAGAGUCGGAAAGGACCUUGAGGAUCCUCUAGCCUGAACCCCUGCCGUGUAGGAAUAUGCAGGUGUCCCAUACAGGGAUAGAACCUGUAACCUGUGAUUUUCUCAGCACCACAUUCUAACAAACUGAAUUACCCAGUGUUAUGUGAUUAGCAGGUGGGCAUGGCUUAGCCAAAUGGCCUGGAAAGCCAAAUGGGAAGGCCUGGUGUACCUAAUUAGGCCUAAGGGCUGGAGGUUCACUACAUCUGGUGUACAGUUCAGUUGAGAUUUUGUGCUUUAUCAUUUAAAACUUACACUGAUUUUGUUCUUUCAUAUAAAAGAACUCAGGUGUAUAAGAAAAUCUGGGAAAGCCUUGCAUGUAGUUGGUGUGUAUAUUUGAAGUUUAUGAUAAACCCCUAGAGAUCCGGAGACACUUUUUUCUGGAAUGAGAGACUAGUUUUGGAUUGUGCAGUAAUACGCCAUGGAGUUUGUUUCUCUUUGCCUUCUUCAUGGCUAUCUCAGGUUUCACAAUCAAAUGCCUUGUAAAUGUUUGUUUAAAUCCAUUUUUAAAAAAUUCGUUUUCGCAAUUAAAGUUAAAUGGAUGCUCUGUGAAGUCCCAUUUAUUUUGGUGAGAGGAAGAUAAGUGCCUGCUUAGCACACUCAUUUAAAAUCAUUGCAUUGCAUCCAGAGAAGAUUGUUCUGACCUCUGCUCAUGCAACAAUGAUACACACCUAGUACAGCCUCCACAAAAAGCCUGCACACCUCCCCCCCCCUCGGCAAAACAAAAACAAAAACCCACUUCUGGGACGGUUCCUGGAAGUCUAGAGCAGGAUGGAGUAUGUGGAGGAAUUGGAAGGAACUGCCUUCUGAUUGCAGGAGUGUUGUUUUUCGCCCACUCAUACAAAUCGUCUGCCAGAGCCGCUGUAUUUGAGGUACAUUCUAUUUUGGCUGGAUUGUGGGUAUUUCUUCAUAAAACAGUAUUGCCAAAAAGAUGUGUGCCUGCCUGCCCAAGUACCUGUCUAGAAGUUAUGCUAAACAUCAGUGGUAAAAUGUAGAGCAAUACUUUCAGGUAAAUGUUAGGGAGUGCUUUGCAUUGAAUAAACUGCCACAAAAAUGAACUGUCCAC